GGAAACUUGGGAGAAUGAUGACCAUUCGCUUAAAAGUGUGUCGUAGUGGUCGUUCUGCCUUUCCUCUAUCCUUGGCGUAGCACGCCAGUCUUGUCCGCGUUCAGCAAAACCUCAGUUCUGCGCGACUUUCGCGCUUAACUGCUGCCAGCUACUGGCAGGGCCUUUCCCCUGACGUAACUCCUUUCUUUGUUGCAGCGGCGGGCCUCGGCGUGCUGGUCUUUCCAGGGAUUUAUGCUGUCCUCUGCUGUGAAGGGGCGCGUGUGUUUUCCUGCCGCGUCUGCAGAAAAACAAAUGCCGGUGGUUCUCCAUCUUCUCUCCGGGACGCGUAACAUAGGUCCCCUCGCGGUUCCUUACAUACUUGUUUGUUUAUAUGUAGUGCGGGGAGAUUUGCGUACCCGAGUAGGAUUUCCUCACGUGGUAAAUCGCUCGAGUACUGGGAAGAACCGUCAUUGGUUUCCACUGGAACGAAAUCGCGUUUGACACGCUGCCUCUGGCAAGCGUUCGUCACUGUUGGCGGGGCCGGGGAGGGGCUGCGGCAGAUUGAUUGCGUCACUUGCACCCGCCUGCUCUUUCUACAGAAACGGCGCAAAAACGCAAUUCAUUCGUUCCAAAGAUCUAGGGACAGUAACCAGGCGCCCCUCAUGGGUAAAUAUACACUGGGACGGUUGGCGGGGAAACAAAGGAUUACAGUUCCCACCAGUCGACCGUCAGUUUUGACUUUCUAAUCGUGUCGGAUGACAGCGUUUCAAGGCAGUGGAAAGAAGGCAGGGCGUUUGCGUUUCGCUUCAGGUGUUCUGCACAUGGGCAUUGAAUGCUUCACCCGAGUCGAGAGAUCCCUAGACGGUAACGGUAAACACAAUCUAUGUGUUAGAAGGUCGUCUUCCUGUCAAUCUUUUUCAGACCCCCCCAAAGUAUCGCGCAAACGCAACGCCAGGAGUGCAUGUUGUCUGUCCCUUGAUUUAGUUGCUCCGAAACGGAAAGAGUUGCACGUCGUCUGUUCUCACGCGAAAGAACGACUGAUUUGCGUCGCUGGUCGGGGAUUUCAAUUGGGGCACCAGCAGCUGAAAUGUGAAGCUGGAGCCAGGCACUCAUUUGACGCUGCGGAAGAGCGAUUCGUUUUUUUUUCAUUGGGUGCUGAAUAAGAGGCGAGGCGCCUCUGUUGAAUGCAGCAUCAACAACCACUUUCUCUGUAGUGAAGCUGGUUGUUGCGCCGUGGGUGGCUGUCAUUCGCCGACGAGACACCUUCACGUGCUUUUAAGGUGUAAGCACACCGCGCGCACUUCUUAGGAAUGUGGACCCGGCUUCUAGUUGUCGAGUCAUAAGUUUCCGCGGUAACUGUCAAUUUUCUUGCAGGGUGUCUAGUGGACACCCGCGUUUCGCAUGACCCAGCUCGCGGUUCGUUUCCAUUUUUGACGCCGAGGAACGCGGAGAAAAAUGACGGAAGGGGGGACGGGAACGGAGUCCGUUCACGCCCACGUCCACGAUUCCAGCCAUCAUGCCGAAGAGCGCCAUGAUGACGGAGGCGAGUCCCUGCACUUGUGGGCGGCCCAACUCCUCUCAGCGAUCACCAUGGUCGCUGUCUCCACGCUAUGUUGUCUGAUACCUGUCUAUAUCGCGAGACAGGCUCAAAAAUAUUCCCGCAGAGGACGUGCAGACAGCCGCCUGCGGAUGUGUCAAGCGCUGCUAUCCAUCAUCAAUUGCUUUGCUGCCGGUGCCUUUCUGGGUCUUGCGCUGAUUCACGUGCUCCCUGAGGCUGUGACCCAGCUGAGUGAGACCGGCAUUCUCCUCGUUCUAGAUGGCGACUCUUCUCACCACAGUCACCCUUAUAACAUCGCCUACCUGCUGGCUGCUGUCGGGUUCACGGCCAUGCUUGGUUUGGAGAUCCUCCUCGGCGGCGGUCACACACAUUGUCACCACGACAACGCCCUGAUUGUGGGUUCCUCAGCGCCUCGACCUGGCGCUUUCGUGGCUGUUCCUGAGGGCGCUCUUGCUCAUUCUCCCGUGCCUUCGCCACGAUCCCUUCCUCACUCGUCGCACCACCAUGCCCAACACCACGGUCUGUGCACGGAGGCGAAUUACUGCCCCGACUGCGACGACUGUCUGGAGGCGAUAACGACUGUGAACGGCAUGUCUGGCGAGCGCGAGCUCCCUGGAGGCGGCAGCGUCGAGCUGCCUCUCGCACUCCCCGGAACUCCGGCUUCCACACCGCCGUCAGUCGACGCCUUCUCGCCGGUCUCCCCAGUGCAGGAAGGCCUCACGGCUGGCCAGCAGUCGCGGGAGGAAACGGCCUGCUCGCACAUAUUCGAGGACAGGAGCCACGCGGCGACCGAUGCCGCCGCAGUUGCGAAGAACCUUGACGGGAUUUCGCGAUCCGCUGACUCCCGCAGGCCUUGCGACGAGUCUUCCGACCUCGCACCCAGCUGCGCGGGCACCUCCUCGUCUGUAGUGCCGUCCUCAGAGCGGCAACGUGAGUCCUGCGGCUACCAGAAAGAGCGGACCCGACCGGCAAGCGAAGCCAAUGGGCGACAAUCGGAAGGCUGCUGUGGCCAGGAGACGGGGUGCAGAGGGACGCGAAGACAUGCAGAAGGAGUCCCGUGCGUGCAUGCGGGCGGCUGCUGUGGAGCCGGAGGCGGGGCAGCCAAGUGCUGCCACAGCCACUCACACUGCCCGGAUUCGGAUUCCCGAAUCCAUUCUGGGUCAAUCGGCGUCAAUGUGCAGGGCGGAGACGACCUGGGUGGAAGACAGGCGGACCCGCAGUGCAGCGAUGCGAGUGCAGCCUCCGGGGGAGCCUGUGGAAACAAACUGUCGAAAGUUCUUUCCUCAGCCUUUCCCUGCCAAGGCCGUGGGUCGAGUUGUCGCUACAAAUCAGUGAUCCCCCCUGUUCAGCUCCAGGUUUCUGUCGGCACCUGCCACGGAGAUAAGUGCUGCAGCAACGGCCUGGGCAAGUCUGAGCUUGGCGGGCUUUUCCAACGUCCCCAUGAAAGCGGAGACCGAGGUGUAGUCACCAGGGAGAGUGGCUGGGAGAAGAUAAACGGAUUUCUCAGGUGUUGUUCGAAACUCGAAGGCACCAAGAUCUCCCUCGCUCUCGCCCUGGGAGUCCACGCCAUUUUUGAAGGGAUUAUUCUCGGAACAACGCAGACAAGUCAAAAUGUGUGGAUUGCCACUCUCGCCAUUCUUGGUCACAAGGGAGCAGAGGCAGUCGCAGUCGCGUCUACUCUUUUGAAAAUGAACAUGAAUACGGUCCCAUUCGUCGUCAUGUUGGCAGCCUUUAUUAUUGCCUCACCUCUUGGCAUUCUGUUGGGGGCCUUUGCGGCCACCGCUGGCACGAGAGUCUCUGGUGUGUUCAAUGCGUUGGCUGUCGGCGCAAUUCUUUACGCAGCAAAUGAGAUGCUCUCGGAAUUUUCUGGAAGCUGCUCGCGCGUGAGGCGUUUCGUCAAGUUCCUGGCCUUCGUCGUUGGACUCGGCGCGUUGUUCGGCCUUAACCUGAUUCACACGCCGUACUGCCGUCACCUUCACUCUGACCACGGACACAGCGCACAUGGAGCCACACAUACCCAUGAGGUGCAUGACCACUCUCUCCAUCACUGAUGGGUCUGAAAUCGGCGACGUGUAUGUCCACCCCGGAAGCUUCAAGGAACUGGGACGGCGAGAGGUCUCCUGCGUUGGGGUAGGAAGCCCCGGGCGCGAAGAAGUGGCUUGCCCACAUUUCUGACAGUACUCUGUGGGGCCCUCCAAACAACGAUGCUUCGCUUGAGCUCACUAACACGUUUGUCUGAAUGAAAGACUUCUGCAUGGGUGGCAGCUGGAGGUACAGGAAAUGCGGUCGCGUUCACGGGCGCCCGAUUCACACUUGUGGCACAUGUGGCAGCCGAAGUUUCCAUGAGCACAAGAUGGGUUAGGGGAAGUGACCCAGACGUGGCGGUAGGAGUAUUCCGACAGUUUCUCAGUUUGGAAAAGCGUGCGAACACGAAUGUUGGCGAUGCUGGAGGCAAAGACAGGAAUGCUGCGGCGUUGGGUCAAAAUGCGUCGGGGAUCGUUGGGGAAGCACUGAAAAACUGAGGUUGCGGGCAACGCAGCGACUUUAUAUGCUACGGAGAAGAAGCGAGGAGUCUGUGUACGUGGGACAAGAAUGCUCCUUCGUCUGGUUUGGGCAGGACACAAAUCGGCUCCGCGGGGUUCUGCUGCGUUUUGACGCGAGCCUGCGUGGAACAACGCGGCAACACUUCACCUCCGGAGAUCGUGAGGGAUAGAGGACGAUUUGCUUUGAGUACAAUGUUCGAUGGUGCAUCUGGAAGGGCAAGGACGAGGAGUCGAAGCCUGACAGAUCCCAUUCGUAUCAACCCGUCUUUAGGCUUUUCUGUUUUUCAGUGUUCUGGGCACAUCCGAAGCACGGGCGCCCACUCAUCCGCAGCUGAGGAAUGGCCGAGUCUCUAGGUUGUGUAUCCCCUCCGCAAGUUGUUCCCCAGUCGACAUUGGGGUCUGAACUCGAGCUCUCUGUGGUCCCGAUCGCUUCUGUUCGAGUGGAUCGCACACCCGAUGGGGUUGCUCCUUUUAGAGAUUUAGAACUUGUGGAUUCCGAUAGCAAUCCCACUGUUCGCACUCGAGUACUUGUCCUCCGCGCAUGUCUGUUCUUACCCGUUGUCAAAGAAGCCAGCUGUGCACGCUUCGUCUUCUCUGGUGGGAAUGUCGAGGAGGUUCGCGUUUUCAAGGGUUGCCGGUCGUGGAAGUUCUUUCUUCACGCUUCGGAGAGCUGUCGCAUUUUUUGUCGUGGCCUAAACCGAUGCCUAAGUCAAUCAGGAUAGUUGGAAGGUCAGCGUCCUAAGGGGAGCUAAGUUUCGUUGUCGUGUUCGAAAGUAAGCGAGCAUCGUCAAGGAAGCAGAAAUUGCCUUGCGAGAAAGCACGCGCCUCUAGGACGUGUUCAAGCGGGUCUGAUAUCGACAGCUUCAGCGCGCGUCCGUCCGACAGUCGUCCUUUUAGUUUUUGAAUUACUGCUUUCUGCCGAAUGCUUUGUGCUUCAUCUUCAUGUUCCCUGGUGACUCUGGCCGUAGUAUGAGUGGAUAGUCUCCAGACUUCCGCCAGGUCUGAAGACGUAUCACAAAGGGAUUAUUAUUUCGUUGUCUUGCGUGCUCGCGUAUUUGUUCGCAAGUGUUUCGUGCCGUCGGUGCUUCCAUCUGAUCUUCUCGCUGCGUAUUUUAUGUUCUCCGUCUUGAGCGAAAAUUCUGCAGCACGAUUCUACGGCUCCGUCGUCCACACCACGAACGUGACCGGACGGCUUCGGAGAGUGUUGUGGUGGAAGGCUGCAGUCUUAUGGAAUAAUACCGUAUCGCGGCGUUGAAUCGCGCUCAAGUGUUCUUUCCGUGUUCUUAGAGAUACAGCGCUGUCGACAUGUAGCACGACGGGUGUGUUUUGUGUAGUUGCUUUGCUCGUGUUAACUGUCUCUUCUUUGCGGUUUGUGAGCCCCUUCUCCAGAUCCGGCACUGCGUACCGGACUGCUGCAGCUGUAACAUCCCGUGAAGUGGAUGCCACUGAGAACUGUGAUCGCGCAACACAUUUCCUCCUAUGUGCUCCUGAAGGGCUCCGUGCUGUUUGUUACCUUUUUCAGCCGCUGCCAGUUCAGCACCAACAGAAGAACAUAAGUGGCGUGAGGCACGAGCCCAACACGAUUGUGGACCAGACAUGUAUGCUAACUAAACAUAUGUUUUCUCUGAAGCACAUGACAUUCGGUGACUCUGUCUUCAACAGAGAAUGAGGCAGCCACUAGGAGUCAGGCAACCCCGGACCAUUCGCUGUGGUGAAGCGGCAGUUCCAUGUGCAUAUGCGUGGAGCCCAGACUGAGGCCGCCCCUCGAAAUAUGACAGCACGGAGUCAUUUGCCCAGAUAUUUUACGGACAACAAGCGUCACUCGAAGUAGAUGCACUCCUUUCACGAACGAUAUGCUAUAGAGCGUGUACCUGUGUGGACUGAAAUGUGCACAAUAACACCGCCAGGCUCCUCUUCGCAGUGGUGUAUGCAUCCCUUCAUGUUAAAAAAUGUACUCGUUUCGGACGCCUGAAGCUUAGAGUUGCUGACACCCUGACAUUGCCGCAUCUUUCAGUCCCCUGUACACCAACCAAACAACCAAACCUGGUGACAGUCGCUACGCACGACCUAAUACAGGCGCGCAGGCCUGUUCGGAUGCUGCCCGAAUGGAAAGUCCAUCACUUUAUUGAUUCAUAGGCGGUCCUGAGUGAUUUUAUCACUGAAUCUGUCUCGAUUGUGACGUUCUCUCUCUGAGUUGAUGUAAAUUUAAUCACUAACAACGAGAAGUCGUACGUUUCGAGUGUUCCGCGGUUGUUCAGCACGCUUUCAGGGUCCACGGCUCCACACUGCGUACUGGGCUCCUGUCAGUCAUAGUUAUGUGGCAUCACUUCGGUGAUUCAUCGGUUGUGCUUGUACUUGCCAUCCGCGCAAAAAUCACACUCAACUAUCAUCCCUGAUACGGAGAAUCAACAGUGGGAACUCGCUCUGUCACAGCGUUGAGAUCUCACGCUUCGAUGCCGUUUCGCGUGGUCGCCAGAUAGGGACGAAAGAAAAAAAAUAGGCGAAAACUGUAGGGGAAAUUUAAGGUGUCAUCGAAACCUUUACCGUCGAUUGCGAAACGGACAAGAGAUCUCCUCUACUUUCCACACAGGACACAGUGCAUGGCUUGGAGCCAU